GAUGUAGAUUGUGGUUAUCCUAUUGGAAUUGAAAAUACAAAUCUAUUCGGGUUUCGUAUUAAAUGAUUGAUGGUCUUCGAAAAUGACUUGCUGCAAGAUAUAUUUAACGCUAUCAGCUCUAAUUACUUGUCAUGUAAGUGCAAAUUAUGAACGUUUGAAAAAUUGGGAUCCAUCAGAGAGCACAUCGCAUUCUUGGAAUAACCAGUAUGACUUUUAUGAGAGUGCUCCUUCCGAGAUUCUGCCUGAUUACAGUUUUUAUGAAUUGAGCAAAGAUCGACCUAUAGAUCGUUUUGGAAGCCCAUCUGAGUCUUUUCCCGUUACUACGAAGAAAGAACCUAUUGAAGAAAAAUACUUGAAAAAAAUUCCAUUUUAUGUGUUCUCUAAUAAAGAUUCCACAAGAUACAAGGAAUUGACUCCUGAUUUAGGAGUAGCGCACUGUCAAGAAAUCAAGGUGAAAUCAAUCGGAAAGGAUGGUGAACCAAGGAAAGGCGUUACGACUUGUUACAAUUGCAAGGAUCCAAAAACUAAAUCCACAUACGAACGUUGUUUAUAUAGCAGUCAUCCGGAAGAGAGUGUAUCCGCUAAUAUGAAGGUGGAAAAUUAUUUACCCGCACCUACUAAGUUCAGAUAUCGAAGAUCCAAUUACGAAGGAAACAAUGAUAAUUACGGAAAACUACGAAAUCCUUAUCGAUUUACUGAAGAGUAUUUUACUGACGCUACCCAUGACGUACCAGCUGCAUACGAAAACAAGGGAGAAAAAUGUGAUAAGAUCGUAAAAGAUUCUAUGGUGUGCAUGGUGUGCAAAGACGCUAAGACCAAUGGCAAAUAUGAACAAUGCUCGUAUGUAAAGCAGCCACAUGAGAAAGCAUACUCUUACGUCAAAUCCAGCACAUUUGGAAAACCUCAAAAAAGUGAGGAAAAUGACAGCGAUGAACGUCCCGAAUUAACUUCUCAUUCCGAAGUCUCUGAUUUUGAAGCGUCUGAUCACCAAAAAGAUCGCAGUCCAAGCACUGAGUCUCGUGAAUAUUCUUAUCCUAACGAGGAUUAUUCCGAGAAGGCUUCGACAGUGAACGAACAGGAUGAAGUCAAGGAUGCUCCUUCAUCAGAUUGUAAACAGAUACAAAAGGAUUCCAAGUCCUGUACGGUGUGCAAGGAUUCUAAGACAGGCGGUACUUAUGAGAAAUGCACUUACAAUUAUCAACCCAGCGAUAAAUUAUAUAAAUACAGCAGAUCAAAAACCUUUGGAUAUCCGGAUAAGACCUCAGAAUCGAUUCGGGACAGUCGGGACUCAAACAAGAGUCAAGCAUCGGAAAAAUCAAAGAAUUUUGAUUAUCCGCAAAGUUCCAAUUCUGCGCCUGAUUAUAUAGAUAAAUCAGAAUACUCUACUUAUCCACGGAAAUCCAACAGAGAAGUAGAAGCUCAAAAAGUCCCGAAUGAUUCUCGCGAUUCACCCGAGUAUAGCAGCGAUUACUCCAGUUCCGAAGCGAGUGAUUACCAAUUUCCUUCAUAUAAUAGCAAUUCUGAAUCUUAUGAUGGUCAAAAGACAUCUUCCUCAAAACCUGUUUUGGAGAAUUACUCUGAAAAUAUCAGCGAGGAUAAUUGUAAAACUUUACAGAAGGACUCAAUGACGUGCAAGGUUUGCAAAGAUCCGCAAACAGGCAAUGAUUUUGAACAGUGUUCAUACUCGUAUCAACCCAAGGAUAAGCUCUUUUCUUACAGUAAAUCCAGCUCGUUUGGCAAUCCACAGAAAUCCGAGCAAACAUCGCGCGAAGACGAGCACCCAUCAGACAGUUCUGAAAUUACGAAGAAGUCUUACGACAAAUACGUUCCGGGACUAACUUACGAAGCUUCAUCGACGGAUGAAGCAACAUCUAAGGAUGAUGCGGAAGGGAAGAAAGGAGUGGACGCUGGAUACUUGGACACUGUGAAAAAGAAGGCCGAGAUCGAGGAGUUUAUGCAGAAGUUUCAGAAAGAGGACCGAUCGAAUUGUAAAAAGAUUAUGCGCGAUAAAAUGACCUGCUACCAGUGUAUCGACGACAAGGGUUUUCAAAAAGAGGAAUGCGCUUUUGUCACCGGACAGGAGCCUGACAAGGAUCAGCUCGUAUUUCACGAAACGAAAGAAUUUCAAGUUGAUUCCGUGCCCCGAGUUCGCGCCCCGAGCGACUUCAAACCGUCAAGCUCGACGAAAACGAAAGCGGUAGAUUCUUUAGAACCCAGCACGUCCGCUAGCAAAAAUUCAUAUGUUAGAUUGGAGAAGCCGGACAAUGAUUAUCCCGAUGAGGCAUCGCAUACCGCAGAGGAAACGAAGGAAGCUGAACCGUACGAUUAUACAUCGGAAACAAAAGCCAAAUACGACAAGGUCCUUAGAUUAACUCUACCAGCAUACAUGUUUACCACUUCGGAACAUGAAGCAGCGUUUGAUGAGAUUGUAGCUUCUGACCAUGAUCAGCGCUAA